AGUAUUGUUAAGACCAAGAAGUGACUCGUGUGAGAUCAGUUUAUAAAAGUUUGUUGAGUGGUCAAGACGUUUGCGAGUCUUGCUGACGAAACGAGAGUUCGAUAUACGGUAUUUUAAUUCGGUGAUUUUACGUGGUGUUCCGGUAGUAGUGAUGCGAUGGGGUAUUUCGCUGGUAAGAAUUCCUCGCAGUGGGAUAGUGAUCUUAAGCCACUACAGCCCAAAUUUUACUAUUCUUCAGUGUACAAGAACCUCUGUUUGUUAAGUGCUAUUUUUGCGUUUAGUGUUGGACUUACUAUUGGUAUUCUUAUUCCACUUAUGUACUUUAAAAACCCUAAUACCAACCAGACUGAAACUGCAAUUUCGAAGCACACGAUUGCGAAUUCUUCAGUGAUUCGGACUAUAUUCUUAAAUAACAGUUAUGGCUACAAAAAUCACACGAAAAAUCGGUUUUCUUCAGUUACUUUCAUCGACAACUUCAAGGAAACCAAAACCAAAGAAGAAUUUGUCGAAAACGGCAUAUAUUGGGGUAAACGAGUGGAAAGAGCGAUACCUGAAGGCUACAAGGACAAGAAACACGAACUUUGGGAAGAUUAUGUCAAAAAUGCAGUUGCUAUCAAAAUGGAAAAUGGUUGUGGAAGGAUGCAAAACCGUUUAGUUACAUUCCAAGACGGUUUAAAAGGUUGUGUGCGCUACAGACAAAACACAGAUCAGAUACAAGGUGAACUGUUUAGUUUCUAUCUAGCUAAAAUACUAAAUUUACCGAAUCUUGCACCUAGUACUGUUAGUGUGGUUGAUCUAAAGACUCCUCUAUGGCAAAAUCUUCGAAGUGAAAUAGCUUCUGCACAAUGGAAUUCAAAUAGACCGAUAGUUAUGACUCAGUUCAUAGCAAAUCUCAACUCAGCCAACAUCCCUAACGUAUUUAAACCAGUUGAAAGACACUUAAACAUAUAUGAUGUAUUAAAUAUGACGAAAAAUGAAGUUUUGGACGAUACCGACUUGACUAAGAACCUUGUGGAGCUGGCACAAUGGUCCGAUUUGAUAAUAUUCGAUUACUUGACUGCUAAUUUGGACAGGAUAGUCAAUAAUCUUUACAACUAUCAAUGGAAUGCCAACAUAAUGGAAGCGCCUGCGCAUAACCUCGCUAGAAAAUCUGACAGUGAUUUAUUGGUGUUUUUGGACAAUGAAUCAGGCCUUUUACAUGGCUACAGAUUACUUAAAAAAUACGAGAUAUACCACUCUAUACUUUUAGAGAAUUUGUGCUUGUUUAGGCGACAGACUGUUGAUAUCAUUAAGAAGUUAAAAAAUAAGGGUAACAUUGGACACUUGUUGCGUGAUAUGUUUGAAAAAUUGAACAGUGAAUCGGUGAAGGAUAUUUUGCCAACGAUACCAGACAAGAGUGUAAAAAUUCUGAAUGACAGAAUUGACAGAGUGUACAACCAAAUUUCCAAAUGUGAAUCAGUAUUCGCUAAGAGCUAGUCCACGCGAAAUUGUAGGUUUUAUUGAAUUUUUUUCUAAUACUUAUUUAUCUGAAACUUCCAAAAUACCUAUCAACAAAACUUGUAUUUAUCAUAAAUAGUAGAUUAUAAUAAAAAGUGUAUGAAAGUAUAAUGAAAAGAUCUGCCCUUCUCAGCAAUGUUUGGAAGUUUUAGAUACAUAAAAUAACUGAUAUAUUUUUGUGACAUUGUGAUUAAUUUUUUUCAGUAAUUGCUUAUCUUAUAUUUAAAACUUUAUUCUAGUACUUAUUGUGUCAAUUUGUUGAAACCGUUCUAAAAAUGUCUCGUCUUAUUGUCACAACUUUCGAAAUUUUUCACAAAUUAGGUCUGCCAGAAGGUUGUUGAAGAUUAUUAAAUACAUUGUUUUUUAUGUUAUAAACUCUAUUUGAGGUUUUCUGUCAUUUAUGGUUUUUAAGAACUUCUAAAUUCUACUGUUUAUAAUAUGUCUAAAAUACAAGACAAUUACCACUUCAUUAGUUUUAUGGAUUAUUGGAUUAUUUUAUGGAUAUCUAAAUAUGCCUACUUGAUUUUAUAGACAUACCUAGUUAAUUUUAUAGACCUAUUUGCUUUAUAAUUUGUCGAAUAAACAUUUGAAACAGGAAAUAUUAAUAAGAAAAUCCCUCCAAAUGUAGGUAAACAAAUUACUUCUUAUGUGCUUCUUUCAAUAUUUCUCAAACAAGUAAAUAUUUAUAUUUAUUAUUAUUUUCGUAUUCGUAUCGAAAUGUUAAUCUUUUCUGAUUUGAUACUUCAGGUCAAUUUUCUUUUCUCGUGACGUUGUUUGACUACGUCCUUGUUGUGCACCUCUUUUACUUUUCACGAUAUUGUUUCUCUUAUUAUAAAGUACAGAGAAAUAAAAUCUACACACUCUUCGUUGUAGGAACUAUUUUUAUCUAAUUCGGGUUUGGUAUUUGCUAGUAUCAGCCAACAAAGUUAAAAUAGCGAUGAUGAUUUCCAACCUCCGCUAGGAGAAGGAACCCGAAGAAGAAGAAGUAUCAGCUUCAACAAUUUCAUCAUGAAUCUCUUUCUUAUAUCUGACAACAAAAACCAAUCAUUUUUAGAUAAUUAUUUCGUAUACAAAAGUUAACAUGAAUUUAGUAAUCUUUUAUGUUCUUAGUAUAGUAGCUUUCUUGUGAUCUUGUUUUACAUAUUUAACAUUGUCCAAAUUCUUCUAUUGAUUAACUUACGAUAAUUGCUCAACAAAUCUGAGCUUAUUGAUAUUAUUGACUACUAGGUACUAUAACUUCGACUUGAUUUAUAUAAAGCGGUUGUUCGAGUUUUUCACUAGUCUUUACCAUUUUUCUUGAUAGUUUUCACGUAGUUUGUAGUUUCUACUAGAAAAAUUAUAUCCAUCUUGUACUCGUAGUUCGUGUACAUCCUAAUUUAUUUUUAUGUUAAACGUCUCAAAAAGAAUUUCCAUCAUAGUUAUGACUUCUGAGUAUUCAAAUACUAGAAGGAAAAAUGUUAAUAGAAUAUAUCUUUCUAACACUUGCAUUGCUUUAUUUCCCAAAAUAUAACAAAGAAGAGUUUCACAAAAUGUUUUGGUAAAGUUUAGAAUAAGAUUGAGCUUUUGGUAACUAGAUGAAAAGUUAUAAAUGAUAAGAAAGUCAAUAAUAUUUUUGUUAUGAUUUUUUUUCUAUAGGUAAAUAAACAUUUUACGACUUUUGCAAGAAAUGUUUCAUAAAUAUGAAAUUUUUGCAAAAACCGAAAUACUUUUAUUUACGACAAAAUUAGAAGAUAUGUGAGAUUUAAGACUUUAGAGACGUCAAGAACGCCAACAUUUUCUCUGAUUAUAUCUAAGAUUAUUCUUUAUUUAUUUCUAUGAAAUGAAUGUUGUUUUCUAAAUAAUAAGCAAGUAUUUACAAUUAAUAUCUUAAUGAUGUGUCAUAUAUUAUCAAUUGCUCUAGCAGCCGUAGUGUAUAAAUUUAAACAAAGUACAAAUUUAGACAUUUACGAGAACAAUUUAAGUUUAAUAAUUUAUCUUGUCCGUUUUUUUUUUAAAUCUUAAUUCUAAAUUUCUUCUUUUUGCCAUCAUUUGACAUGAAUGUAAUAUAUUCCUUUGUAGAUUUCAAAGGAGUGAUUUGGCCUAAUAUCAAUCCACUUUACAAUCUGAAAGAUUGUUUGUGUAUAGAAAUAUUUCUCGCUAAAAUUAUUUGAUUUUGAUCGAGAUAUUUAUGAUUUUUAGGUCAUUCCUAAAAACUAUUAAGCUAAAUGGACAUAAAAGUCUUCCACAUAGGUAAUUUAUCAACUCUCCUGGUACUACUCAUUAUCUUUUAUAUGUUUAGUUAACAGAACUAUAUUAAAUAUCAUUUAAAAUUUUUAAAUUUUAACUAGAAAUUUCCUCAUUUUUUGAGGUGACAUGAAUAUAUCCUACCCAAUUUGUUCAAGUUUGGUUUAGUCAAUAAACUUAUUUCUUUUCAAAAUUUCUGUCUCAAAACGCUUUGAGGUAAAUGACGUACACGUAUCUAUAACAUUACUUUUUCAUUUCGAGUUAGUGUAGUUUUUAAAAUAUCUAAUAAUACAUUUUAACUAUGACUUGAUAUUGUUAGAACCUUUUUUUUGUUUUAGACAAGGCGAAAAAUUUGGUUUUGUUCGGAAAAAUAUUUUCAUGAGAUUUUUACAUAUUCAGUUUCCUGAAAUAUCUCAAAAUAAGAUUCAAUAGGUCGCCUAGGCGAAAAGUUUUUUGUAAACAAUUUUUUUUAAACAAAUUUUAACAAUAAAUUUUUUUGACCUGGAUAUUUAUUUUUUGAUAAUUAUGAACAAAAAUGGUCUUUUGUAAGUUUUCUAUAACUUGUUGAAACUCAAAAACACAAAUAAAAAUAUUAUUUUUGAAAUCAUCAAGACCUUUUUCUAUCAGCUUCCGAUGAAAAUUCUGGACUUAUUUUAUUUUAAAUCAUUGUUUUUUACCCAGCAAACUACCAAAAACAUUUAUGCACAGAUCUUUUUCGUCUCUCUUAUACACGCCGGAUCUCGAGCGCCCGACCUAUCAUACGAUAGAACGAGGCUUAAACUUGAAUUUAUGUCAUUGGUGAAUUCAAAAAUAAUAUUUUUUACUCGUGUUUUUGAGCCUUGAAAAUCGUAAAUUUGUAAUUUUUUCAGUCUUCAAUUGUUUAUAACUUGAGAACGAUCAAGUUUACAAAAAAAUACAAGACAUCUAUUUUGUUUAGAACGGUACAAAAAUUUAAAAAAUUGCCCGGACCGAAAAAAUUGAUUGUUACAAUUUGUUUAAAAAUAAUGUUUUUUUUAAUUUGAUUUAAUUUUUUUAAACAACUUUUCGCCUGGGCGGCCACUUAAAAUUUAUUUUGCGGUAUCUCAUAAAAGUGAUUAUGCAAAAAAUUAUCAUGGGAAUAUUUUUAAGAGCGAACCUGAGCUUUUUGCAUUGUCUAUUAAAUAGAUACCCAUUUGCCGAUUGGAUAGCCGAAAUCAAUUAUACAUUACUUAAAUAUUUUUAUUGCUAUUAACGAGUAAAACGGUGCCUAAGUUACUAUUUUUUAAUUAUUAUUUUCCGGUUUUAGAUACUUGGAAAUAAUAAAUAGAAAUAAUAAAACUAGAGAACACCUAUGAAUAACUGUUCUGAUGAGACCUAUUAGGCCGAAAUAUGUAUCAACCGAUACAUUGGAGUUGUUUGCGUGAAAUCAAAUAUUUGCUGUCUUUUUCAAUAAAACUAGAGUUGAUAAUCAUCCUAUUCACAUAAAACAAAUAUUCCGCUGAUAAAGCGGCUGUUGUGCAAAUUCUAUAUAAUUUUAUGGCAUAUACCUUGUUGAUUUAGCCAGCUGAAAUCACCAAGAAUGUGAUAUAACCAGUCUAAUACC